AUGUCUCUAAUUCCAAGCAUUUUCGGAGGACGAAGAUCAAACGUUUUUGAUCCUUUCUCGCAAGACGUAUGGGAUCCAUUUGAAGGGUUCUUCACGCCUUCUUCUGCGUUAGCAAACGCUCCGACCUCUCGUGACGUGGCAGCGUUUACAAACGCAAGAGUGGACUGGAAGGAGACGCCGGAAGCACACGUUUUCAAAGCGGACUUGCCUGGUCUGAAGAAGGAAGAAGUGAAGGUUGAGGUUGAGGACAAGAACAUACUUCAGAUCAGCGGAGAGAGGAGCAAGGAGAACGAAGAGAAGAAUGACACGUGGCACCGUUUGGAGAGGGCAAGUGGGAAGUUCAUGAGGAGGUUUAGGUUGCCGGAGAAUGCCAAGGUGGAAGAAGUGAAGGCAACUAUGGAGAAUGGUGUUCUUACCGUUACGGUUCCGAAAACGCCGGAGAAGAAGCCUGAGGUCAAGGCCAUUGAUAUCUCCGGCUAA